CACCGCCAAGAUUAGUUUGAUGGCUAACUCAACAAUAUAGCUGGGCUUGUAGUGGCUCCGCUAGCUAACCUCCAUAGCGAGCUAGCUAGCCUGUCUCACACCACCACCCUCACCCUCACCCUCACCCACACCCACAGCCUGCACCAAACUUCAUCUGAGGCCGCUGUUCACGAACUGUAAAGUAGUAAAUCAAGCCAAAACUUAUAAUGACGACCCGAAGUGUGGAAACAUAGCUGAGGGAAAGCAGACCAGAAGCAGAGCCGUGCAGCGGAGACGCCGAGCUCGCAGCCUCGCAGACAAACAUGAUGGCAAGAGAUGAAGAAGGCCUGAAAGAAACUGGUGGAGAGCUGAAGGUGUUUACCACUCAGAACCUGAGUCCUGGAACAGGUGCUGUGGUGUCUCUCGUGACUGUCCAUCCGUCUUCUAUUACCGGAGUGAAGCAGAUAAUGCCCAAAGCACUCGCUGCCCCUGGCGUUAAUGUGCUUUCACAUGUGGUGAUCGGUACUCCUCAGAGACCCACUGCUCCUGCCGGUGCUGCUCUGUUAACCAGCCCCAGAACUCCCAGUACUCAGUUCCUCACUCCACAGACACACACACGAGACGCUUCACCCUGGUCCAGUGGCCGCAGCAGUAGAAGAGGGGACAAGAAUGGGAAAGGCUUGAGACACUUCUCCAUGAAGGUAUGCGAGAAGGUUCAGAAGAAAGGCGUAACCUCCUAUAAUGAGGUCGCAGACGAGCUGGUGACCGAGCUGAGUUCUGGAGACAACAUCACUCCAAAUGAGUCUCAUGUUUAUGACCAGAAGAACAUUCGGAGACGGGUAUACGAUGCACUAAAUGUCUUAAUGGCGAUGAACAUUAUCUCUAAAGACAAGAAGGAAAUCAAAUGGAUCGGCUUCCCAACCAAUUCUGCUCAGGAGUGCAAGGACCUGGAGGCCGAGCGCCAGAGACGACUUGAAAGAAUAAAACAGAAACAAUCUCAGCUACAAGAACUUAUACUACAGCAAAUAGCCUUCAAGCGCCUGGUACAAAGGAAUCGUGAGGCAGAGCAUAAGAACUACAGACCUCCUCCCAACACAGUCAUCCACCUCCCCUUCAUCAUAGUGAACACCAGCAAGAAUACAGUCAUCGACUGCAGCAUCUCAAAUGACAAGUUCGAGUACCUGUUUAACUUCGAUAACAUGUUUGAGAUCCACGACGACAUCGAGGUGCUGAAGCGCAUGGGCAUGGCCUUCGGGCUUGAGUCGGGGAAAUGUACAACGGAAAAUCUGAAGAUAGCCCGGUCCUUCAUACCUAAAGCUCUGGAACCAUUUUUAACAGAUAUGGCACAGGGAGUCCCCAAGCAGCCCAAUGGAAGCUAUUCUCGCACAAACAGUGACAACGGAGCUGUUGCCACUAUGGCCUCCAGCUCCAACAGCUCGUACCACGGCAGCUCUCGUGACACUCCAGCAUCCUUCCUGGAAGACGAGGAGGAGGAGGAGGAGGAGGACGAGGAGGAUUUUGAAGAGGACGAUGAUGAAGAUUAACUGGUUUGCCCUGCCUUUCCUCUCAGUCAGCACCACCUUGAGCAUGGUGGUGUGUAUGUGGGUGGAGUGAGGUUCUAAUGAGAGGUUUCUGUUCUUUUGUGACCUGAAAUUCCUCAUGUGGUUGUAUGUUCCAGCAACCUUUCACAGUCUGCUGAGCGCAGUGCAGCUGCCUUGUCAAGGACUUCGGUGGUGCUUUGGAAAUAGAUUUUUUUUUUUUCCCCUUCUAAUUAUAUUUAGUGCUUUGCCCCAUCCCCCCUCCUCGUUUAACUCCGCCCCAUCACCGUUUAUGAUUCUGUUGGAAGGUGAGAUUAAUUCCUGUGUGAUUCUCUGCCUGUAAUUUCUCCACUGUCCAAAGAUUCUUACACAAAUUCAUACAGAUGGCCGUUUUCCUAACCUUCAGCUUGAUGUGGGAGAUUUCUUUUCUAUUCCCUUACUUAAUUUCGUACAGACAGCUAUUUUUCUUAUCUUAUGUGGGGUUUUUUUUAGCAUGGUUAUUUUCUGCCAUUGUAAUAAGGUUUGUUUUGUAAUUCCAAAGGCUAGUUA